AUGUCUUCUCACUUCAUGAUCUGGAAUGCCCAGGGGAUAGCGAACGCUACUACCCAAGGCAAUUUCAAGAAUAUGAUCGAUAUGUACAGUGUUUUGUUUGCCGCGGUGCUUGAGCCCCAGACGGAUCCCCAGCCUUCUUUCUUUAGUAGGCGCUUUGGGUUGCAGUUUAGGUGUUCGAACACAAGCGGCAAGAUUUGGAUCUUCUCUCACAGGGACUGGCAGGUCGAGGUAAUUGACGACUCUGAGCAGGUCCUUCACAUCAGAGUUACUGCUGCGAUUUUCCCUUGCUCAAUCUAUCUCUCCGUAGUGUACGCUAAGUGCUCGAGGGAGGGGAGAUACGAUCUGUGGAAUAAGCUCAGGGACAUCUCUUUAGCUACUGACGGGGCUCCCUGGCUUGUUGGAGGUGACUUCAACAUCUUCUUGCUUGAGGAGGAGAGACGGGGCAGCGUCAUAGAUAGGCACGGAGAGAUGAUGGACUUUGCCGACGCCGUUGCAGACUGCCAGCUCCUGGACCCGGGUUUCGAUGGUCCACCGUUCACUUGGACGAGGAGUGGGCUUUGGGAGAGAUUGGACAGGGUCCUCCUUGGGGAACACUGGACGACCGUCUUUGCGGCUACUAGGGUGACUCAUUUGCCUAGGAUCUCUUCAGAUCAUGCCCCUUUGCUUGUGCGGGAUGAGGUUGCCAGAGUGUGGACGACGGAGACGGGCUUCUUCGGCAUGCUUAAUCUUCAGUUCAAACUCAGCAGAGUUAAGGGAUUUCUCAAGAGAUGGAACAGGGAGGUCUUUGGGAAUAUCUUCGACAAGCUGAGGGAGGCAGAUGAGGCGGUUGCCGCUGCGCAGGCGGCUUACGACGGGGACCCCUCGGGAGCCCAUAGGAGUGAGCUUAGCCGGUGCACCGCUCUCUACGUACUCUGCACUAGGAUGGAAGAGGAUUUUUGGAAGCAGAAGGCUGCCAUUCGGUGGGCUGCAGAAGGCGAAUGGAAUUCCAAAUUCUUCCAUGGGUGGGUGCGUCAGAAGCGGGUGAAGUCUAGGAUCCACGCCAUCCAGACAGGCGAUCAGAUGCUUACUUCGGAGGACGACAUCAGACAGUCGGCUGUUGGAUACUUCCAGGGGCUACUCACGUCAGAUGUUGAGCACUUGGAGCAGCCGGACCUAGAUCUCUUGCGCGGUCUCCCAGAGUCUAUGGACCGCGAGGGCCUCUGUGCAGUCCCCGACUCCGAUGAGGUCGCUCAUUAA